AUGGCAAGUCCUCCGCACCGAGUGACUGCUUACGACGUGAAUGGCAGCUUUAGUGUUCAUAACAGGGCCAAGAUCGAGCGCUGGCAUAAGCACUUCGAGCACCUUCUCAACUUCCAGACCGAACCCAGCAUCCUCUGGUUCCCGUCUGCAGCGGAAUUCCAAUCUGCACGUGAAGCAAGGACAAAGCCCAACCAAACCGGAUUUCGUGACGAGCGUGGAUAUUCCGACAGGAUAUUCACACUGCGGCACAUUCCUGAAUUCCGUCGAGACUAUCAACAACCGAUGGCCGUCUGCUUUGCCGUCGCGUUCGAUUCCGUCCACCAUGAAUCCCUACGGCGGAUAAUGGCACCAGAUGGUGUACCGCCAAAAGCCAUCACCAGGAUCAAGGUCUACUACCGCCCCACAACUGCGCGAGUUCUGGCCCAUAGCAAGCUUUUCCAACCACUCACUAUACGGUGUGGCGUUCGAAAAGUUUUAUUCUUGUCGCCGAUUCUGUUCGACUAUACUAUUGACUGGAUUCUCGGGAAUACGCCACACAAUGAUUACGCUACUGAGCUUGCACCUCGAGGCUGA